UACAAUGACGUAAAGACGCAGUUGGCGGAACAGAGCGCGGGUGACGGAGCGGGAAAGCAGCACAGAGUCGUGUGGAACCAUGCCUCGGGAGAUUAUCACGCUGCAGCUUGGCCAGUGCGGGAAUCAGAUUGGGUUUGAGUUCUGGAAACAACUGUGUGCAGAACAUGGCAUCAGCCCAGAAGGGAUUGUGGAAGAAUUUGCAACUGAAGGUACAGACAGAAAGGAUGUAUUCUUUUAUCAGGCAGACGAUGAGCAUUACAUCCCCCGAGCUGUACUUAUGGAUCUAGAACCACGAGUUAUUCAUUCUAUUUUAAACUCUCCUUAUGCCAACCUCUAUAAUCCUGAGAACAUUUACCUGUCUGAACAUGGAGGGGGAGCCGGAAACAACUGGGCCAGUGGCUUCUCCCAGGGUGAGAAAAUUCAUGAAGAUAUAUUUGACAUCAUUGAUCGAGAAGCUGAUGGCAGCGACAGUCUUGAGGGGUUUGUUCUCUGCCAUUCUAUUGCUGGAGGAACAGGCUCUGGAUUGGGCUCAUAUCUCUUGGAAAGAUUAAAUGACAGAUAUCCCAAAAAGCUGGUCCAGACAUAUUCUGUCUUCCCAAAUCAAGAUGAAAUGAGUGAUGUAGUUGUGCAACCUUACAAUUCUUUACUGACUCUAAAGAGGCUGACCCAAAAUGCGGAUUGCGUGGUGGUUCUGGAUAACACAGCACUUAACAGGAUUGCCACAGACAGACUACACAUACAGAACCCGUCUUUCUCUCAGAUUAACCAGUUGGUUUCCACCAUAAUGGCAGCCAGUACCACAACCCUCCGAUACCCAGGAUAUAUGAACAAUGAUUUGAUUGGAUUAAUUGCUUCUCUCAUCCCCACACCUCGUCUGCACUUCCUAAUGACCGGAUACACUCCACUGACAACUGACCAGUCGGUGGCUAGUGUACGGAAGACCACAGUAUUGGAUGUUAUGAGGAGGUUGCUGCAACCCAAGAAUGUUAUGGUGUCCACAGGACGAGACCGGCAAACUAACCACUGUUACAUAGCAAUACUGAACAUCAUUCAGGGGGAAGUUGACCCUACUCAGGUGCACAAGAGCCUGCAGCGGAUCAGAGAAAGGAAGCUUGCCAAUUUUAUUCCAUGGGGGCCAGCCAGCAUUCAGGUAGCGCUUUCAAGGAAGUCGCCUUACCUCCCUUCUGCACACAGAGUCAGUGGGCUGAUGAUGGCCAAUCACACCAAUAUUUCAUCGCUGUUUGAAAGAACAUGCCGGCAGUAUGAUAAGCUGCGCAAGAGGGAGGCUUUCUUGGAGCAGUUUCGCAAGGAGGACAUGUUCAAGGACAACUUUGAUGAGCUAGACAACUCCAGGGAGAUCGUCCAGCAGCUGGUAGAUGAGUAUCACGCUGCCACACGUCCAGAUUACAUUUCAUGGGGUACCCAGGAUAAGUGAGUGCAGCAACAAGGACACAGAAGUGCUACAACACUGGGACAAUGUAUUAGAGGAUCAUUACUAGCACAGGACAUACUCUGAUCUGGAUAAGCUUGCCCUGUCCCUUCAGAAAUAAAUGAUGUCCAAGCCGCA